CUCUGACCCCUGAAACUCUUAGCUCCUUCAGGUCUGAACAAAGACUUUAAAACCACAUCAGUCUCUGAAAAUAAAAUGUUGUGAAACAAGUUUUAUAGUAAAGUUAAAAUGUUUUAAAGUUACGACAGAAAAACUCUGAGACAUUUACAGAAUAAGGAGCUGAAACUUUCUGCAGUCUACAGGAUCUACAGGAGUCCGGGGGUGGGGGGGGCAUGUCUGGUUUAGUUGUUGUUUUAUACUCUGUGUGUUUGUUGUUGUUGAUGGAGGCUGAUGCAGGUCCACGGUCAGACAGGAGGACUGGAGUCCACCUCAGACCUGAGCUGCUGCUGGUCCCAGGUCUGAACCUCAGGUCACCUGUCUGUCCUCAGAGCUCAGACUCAGACUCUCAGGAUGGCAACCGCGGCGGCUGAGCUGGCGAGGAGGAAGGCCCAGGAGGAGGAUGGUGCCGGCUGCUGGGCCCAUGCCGUCCCCUUCAACCAGCAGGACUUUGAGCAGCUGAGGAGUGAGUGUCUGAGGACCGGCUCGCUGUUCUGUGACCCAACCUUCCCCACAACCUGGGAUUCUCUGGGAUACAACCAGCUGGGACGCUACUCGUCCAAAACCAUCGGAGUGGAGUGGAAACGACCCACGGAGCUGUGUUCUGAUCCUCAGUUCAUCAUUGACGGAGCGAAAAGAACCGACAUCUGUCAGGGAGCUCUGGGUGACUGCUGGCUGCUGGCUGCCAUGGCCUCUCUGACUCUGGACCCUCAGAUUCUGAGCAGAGUGGUACCUCCCGGUCAGAGCUUCACGUCUCAGUACGCUGGCAUCUUCCACUUCCAGCUGUGGCAGUAUGGAGAGUGGGUGGACGUGGUCGUAGAUGAUCGGCUGCCGACCAGAGAUGGAAAACUACUGUUCGUCCACUCAGCCGAGGGACGAGAGUUCUGGAGCGCUCUGCUGGAGAAGGCCUACGCCAAGGUGAAUAGCUCAUACGAGGCUCUGACCGGAGGCUCGAGUAUCGAGGGUUUCGAGGAUUUCACCGGAGGAAUCGCAGAGAGCUAUGACCUGAAGAAAGCUCCGGCCUUCCUGUUCAACAUCAUGAGGAAAGCUCUGAAGCUCGGCUCGCUGCUUGGCUGCUCCAUCGACGUAAAACACUGACGCAGACAUUCGUCACCUGAGACACAGCUGCUCCUCCUCAGACCCAGCUUACAAACUGAUUCUGUCUCAUGUUUGUCAGAUCUCCAGCUAUAUGAGACGGAGGCUGUCACCAGUCAGAAACUGGUCAAAGGUCACGCCUACUCCAUUACUGCAGCUGAGCAGGUUCAUCACUGUGGGUCUCCUGUGGACCUGCUGAGGAUCAGGAACCCCUGGGGUCAGGUGGAGUGGACCGGAGCCUGGAGCGAUGAGUCGAAGGAAUGGGAUGGGGUUCACCCGGAGGAGAAGAGGAAGCUGGAUCACUCGGCUGACGAUGGAGAGUUCUGGAUGUCCUACACUGACUUCCUGCGUCAGUUUUCUCGCCUCGACAUCUGUAACCUGACACCUGAUACGCUGACCAGUGACGAGGUCGGUCACUGGAAUUACGCCGAGUUUGAAGGCUUGUGGAGGGUUGGCUCUACGGCCGGUGGCUGCAGGAACUACGCUGCCACGUUCUGCUCCAACCCUCAGUUCUUCAUCCGGCUGCAGGAUGUCGACGAUGACCCUCACGAUGGCGAGGACGGCUGCACUGUCCUGAUUGGUCUGAUGCAGAAAGACGCUCGCCGGGAGAGACGCUUCGGGCGAGACCUCAACACCAUCGGGUUCGCCAUCUAUCAGGUUCCUGAUGAGUAUAAAGGUCGCAGUAACAUCCACCUGGGCCCAGACGUCCUGCUGAGGACAACGGCGGUGGAUCGCAGUCAGACCUUCAUCAACCUGAGGGAGGUGUGUGAGCGCUUCAAGCUGCCGCCCGGAGACUACGCCAUCAUCCCCUCCACCUUCGAACCACACCGCAAAGGAAGCUUCAUCCUGAGGGUGUUCACCGAGAAAGAGGCCCACAGCAGUCCAAUGGAGGAAGACCUGGACACCAACAUCCAGGAGCCGGAUGUUGGACAGAACGACGUGGAUCCUCACUUCAAACAUCUCUUUGUCCAGAUCUCUGGAAAUGACUCUGAGAUUUCAGCCUUCGAGCUCCAACAGAUUUUGGACCGAGUGGUGACUCAGAGAUCUGAUGUAAAAACCGACGGCUUCAGUCUGCAGACCUGCCGUAACAUCAUCAGCCUGCUGGACAUGGACGGCAGCGCUAAACUGGGUCUGGUGGAGUUUCACGCUCUGUGGACAAAGAUCCAGAGAUACCUGGAGGUCUUUAAGCAUCACGACUCGGACGGCUCUGGUACGAUGAGCAGUCAUGAGAUGAGAGCAGCUCUGGCUGAAGCCGGUUUCCAGGUGAACAGCGCCGUGAUCCAGGAGAUCGUCGGUCGAUACGCCGACACGAACUUCGCCAUCGACUUCGACUGUUUCAUCGGUUGUUUGAUCCGUUUGGAGCUGCUCUUCAAAAUGUUCAGGACUCUGGACAAGAAGAAUCAGGGGAGGAUCGAACUGGACCUGCAGCAGUUCAUCCUGGAAAAAGCAGCUGCUGUGUUUAAAGACUUAUAUUAUGAAGGUACUCACCGGAAGUCUCACCUGUACCCGUCAGUCUUGACUCUGUCUGAACAUCAGCGGAGCGAACACUCCCUUCCUGGCCUCACACCUGCAGCCCGACCGCCCUCCACACUCUCCAAAAACUUUCCAGACCCUCCAAGUCCAGGCUCCAGACCCGGCGUCAUGGCGGGCAUCGCGAGCACCCUGCAGCACCGCCGGGAGAAGAACCAGGGCUUCGGCACCAACAGCCAGGCGGUGAAGUACCUGAACCAGGACUACGAGGCUCUGAAGCAACGCUGCUUCGAGACCGGUCAGCUGUUCCAGGACGAGACGUUCCCGGCUCUGACCUCGUCCCUUGGCUUCAACGAGCUGGGUCCGAGCUCCUACAAGGUCCGGGGGGUGACCUGGAGGAGACCCACGGAGUUGACCUCUGACCCCCAGUUCAUCGUCUCUGGAGCCACGAGGACCGACAUCUGUCAGGGAGCUCUGGGUGACUGCUGGCUGCUCGCCGCCAUCGCCUCUCUGACACUGAAUGAGGAAGUUCUGGCUCGAGUUGUCCCUCACGGACAGAGCUUUGAGGACGGAGAGUACGCCGGAAUCUUCCACUUCCAGUUCUGGCAGUUCGGGGAGUGGGUGGACGUGGUGAUCGAUGACCGUCUGCCUGUCAAAGAUGGAGAGCUGAUGUUCGUCCACUCGGCUGAAGGGAGGGAGUUCUGGAGCGCUCUGCUGGAGAAGGCCUAUGCCAAGGUGAACGGAUGUUACGAGGCUCUGUCUGGAGGAUCGACCACUGAGGGCUUCGAGGAUUUCACCGGAGGAAUCGCUGAGGUCCACGAGUUGAGGAGCCCCAGUCCACACCUGUUCCACAUCAUCCAGAAAGCUCUGGCUCGAGGAUCUUUGAUGGGCUGCUCCAUAGACAUUACGAGCUCGGCUGAUUCAGAGGCGGUCACCUCUCAGAAGUUGGUGAAAGGCCACGCCUACUCUGUGACAGGUGCAGCUGAGGUGGAUUACCGUGGUGACAUGGUAAAGUUGAUCCGGAUCAGGAAUCCCUGGGGUCAGGUGGAGUGGACCGGAGCAUGGAGUGAUGAUUCGAUGCAGUGGCGUUACAUCAACAGUGAGGACAGAGAUCGUCUCAGCCAUCGCUCAGAGGACGGAGAGUUCUGGAUGUCCUUCUCUGACUUCCUGAGACAUUACUCCCGGCUGGAGAUUUGUAACCUGACACCUGACGCUCUGAGUGACGACAGCCUCUCUAAGUGGGCUCUGUCCAAGUUUGAGGGCAGCUGGAGGAGUGGAUCGACCGCUGGAGGCUGCAGGAAUUAUCCCAACACAUUUUGGACGAACCCUCAGUUUGUGAUCAAACUGGACGAGGAGGACGACGACCCGGGCGACGGUGAGGCCGGCUGCAGCUUUGUGGUCGGUCUGAUCCAGAAGAACCGCAGACGCAUGAGGAAGAUAGGAGAGGACAUGCACACGGUCGGCUUCGCCAUCUACGAGGUUCCUGACGAGUAUGCCGGUCAGAGGAGCAUCCACCUGAACAGGAACUUCUUCCUGCGUCAUGCCUCCGCCGCUCGCUCCGAAACCUUCAUCAACCUGAGAGAAGUCUGCAGCCGCUUCUGUCUGCCGCCCGGAGAGUAUCUGAUUGUUCCGUCCACCUUCGAACCCAACAAGAACGGAGACUUCUGUGUCCGAGUCUUCUCCGAGAAACAGGCCGACUUCCAAGAGUUGGACGACCCCAUCGAGUCCAGAGUGGAGAAGAUCGAGAUUGAUGAGGACGACGUGGAUGAUCGGUUCAGAAAUCUGUUUGGACAGCUGGCAGGAGGGGACUGUGAGAUCAGUGCCUUCGAGCUGCAGAAGAUCCUCAACAAAGUGGUGACCAAACGAUCUGACAUCCAGACCAGCGGCUUCAGCCUCACAACCUGUCGCAACAUGGUCAACCUGCUGGAUAAAGACGGCAGCGGCAAACUGGGUCUGGUGGAGUUUAAAAUUCUGUGGACCAAAAUCGAGAGCUUCCUGAAUAUUUACCGUCAGAAGGACGUGGAUAACUCCGGGACGAUGAGCUCCACAGAGAUGAGGACGGCUGUGGAGGAAGCAGGUUUCAGUCUGAACAAUCCUCUGCAUCAGGUCCUGGUGGCUCGUUACAGUGAACCAGAUCUCACCAUUGACUUCGACAACUUCGUUGGCUGUUUGGUUCGUCUGGAGAGCAUGUUCAACACAUUCAACACGUUGGACAAAGACAACUCAGGAACCAUCGAGCUGAACAUCCUGGAGUGGCUGAACUUCUCUCUGCUCUGAAGAAUCAGGACAAGGACCAGGCUGAUCCAGAUCCUGAGAGACAGCUCAGACCUGAAAUAUUCUCCAUGUGGUUUAUAAACUGUUUUAAUCAUGAGGAUGUUAGUGUAACACUGACUGAUCGAUCAGUCUCUGUACUCAGGUGGAUUUUAAUCAGGUGAAGCUGAUUCUCACCUGUAUGACCUGUACCUGCAGAAACAUUCAAUCAUAAUAAAGAAAAAACAGAAUCACCCA